AUGUCCACAGAUAACACAACAUCUGAGUUCCCUGAUGUUACCAAUACAAUUGUUGACAAACUGUGUGGAGAUGUUCACACCCUUCCCCUGACAUCGGCAAAAAGAACUUUCACUAAGACAGUGCUCAAACAAGGUGAAGGUUUUUUACGACCAUAUAUGGAAGCUACAUGUAUUCUGGAUAUUAUUGAUAAAACACCUGAAAAUGGAGCUGAGAAUAAAAGUGAACAUUUAGAAAGGUUAAAAAUUCAAUUAGGAGCAAAUGUAGAAUUGAUGCUAGGAUCGGCAGAAACUGAAGUUGCCAGAAUUGUGGAAAAAUGUGUUUUAACGAUGAGAAAAGGGGAAGAGAGUGAGUUCAUUGUGAAAUUUGUGAGUCGUGGAGAUGGCAACACCCAAGGACAGCUUAUGUCGUAUGUUCUUGUCUUAUAUCUCCAUAGCUUCUCAGAAACAAAGCCAACCUGGUCACUGGCAUCUGAUGAGAAAUACCGCCUGGCCUUGUUACAUAAAGACAAGGGAACAGAAUAUUUUAAAGAUGGCAGAAUUGAAGCAGCAUUUUGUCAGUAUAGUACUGCCACCGUAUACCUAAUUUGCAUAUCAGAAUGCACAUCAGUUAUUGAUAAAAAUGACAAGCCACAGGCAAAAUCCCAGAUUGAAAAAUAUAAGGCUUUAAAAUGUGUUUGUUACCUAAAUCUGGCAGCUUGUCAAAUGAAGGUGGCUAAUCAUAAAAGUGUCAUAACCAAUUGUACAGAAGCUCUGAAACUAGACAAGUCCAAUGUUAAAGCGCUGUACAGAAGAGCACAAGCUUACCUGGCAUGUGGGGACAAGAAAGAAGCAAGGACUGACCUUAAGCAAGCACUGAAGAUUGAGCCCAAAAAUGGGGCAGUCUCAUCACUCCUGCAGCAGUGUAAACAGUGA